AUGAAAGAUUCUUAUAAUUAAAGGAGAUUUAGAGAUAUUGUAAGUAAUAAGAUAGAUGUUUAACCUAUUGAUUCUACUACAUUAAAAGAAUUGAUUGAAUCAUUAAAUAAUUAAGUAUUUGAUAAUUAGUUUGAAAAAAAAUAUUAAGCAUAAUUUAGUGAGAGAGUGUUUUUAUUCAAAGUCAUAUAUGAUGGAUAAGGCUGGGAAAUUAGAAGAACGAUUAAAUAAUUUGAAUAAUUAGAGUGGCAUAUGGCUUAAAAUAUCUUUUAUUACAUGUUUCAUAAAAAGUAAAUAACAAAAGGUUUAGAAAGGGAUGAUCCAAAAAAAACAUUAAUUUUACUUCAUAAAUAUUUAAAAAUGAUAAUACUAAAUGAAAUCAUUCCAUAAUGUGCAUUAGAAUUUUUAGAGAUUUCUUGUAUUAAUUUACCAUUUAAAAUGAAAGAAGGAUAUAUGGAAAAAAAAUCAGGAGGAAGAUCAAAAACAACAUGUUGUUAAUCAUUUGUUUCAAAUUUGGCAUUAUGGUCAAAAAGAUAUUUUAUAAUAACAUAAUAAUCCAUUUUAUACUUAGAGGGACCUGAAAAGAAUAAAUGUAAAAUAAAAGAAUGUUUAAGUUUUGAUUCCGAAUUUAGUUUUUAAUAUGGCAAGAUAGAAACAGGAGAAGAUACUAAAAUAAUAAUACAUUUAUCAUAGAGAAAAUUAAUUUUGAGAGCUUAAAGUUUGAUAUGUUACAUAGAUUUUAUUUAUGCUUUAUUUAAAUCGAUAAAGACAAGUCCUUAUACUAAAUUACAUAGAUAUGGAUCAUUUGCUCCAAUAAGGACAUCAAAUUGUUAAUGGUACAUAGAUGGAGAGUAAUAUUUUAGUGAUGUAUGUGAUGCUAUGCUAUAAGCAAAAGAAUCUAUUUAUAUUACUGAUUGGUGGUUAAGUCCUGAAAUGUAUUUAAAAAGACCAGUUGAUAUGAGAGAAUAUGGUUAAUCAAAUGAAAAUAUAAAUACUAGACUUGAUAAAAUAUUAAAGAUAGUUGCAGAUAAAGGAAUAUAAGUAUUAGUAUUAUUGUAUAAUGCUAUAUCAUUUGUUUUAGAAAAUGAUCCAAAACAUUCAAAAUUAUAAUUAGAAAGCAUGUCUCCAAAUAUUAAGGUUUUAAAACAUCGAGAUCAAUUAUAAGUAUUUUUUUCUCAUCAUGAAAAAAUGGUUUUAAUAGAUUAAUAUAUUGGAUUUAUGGGAGGAUUAGAUUUAUGUUUUGGAAGAUGGGAUAAUUAAAAACAUUUAUUAUUUGAAGUUCAUCCAUUUGAAUAAUUAUGGCCAUAGAUUGAUUUUUCUAAUUCUAGAAUUCGAGAUUUUGUGGACGUAAAAAAUUAUUAGAAAUCUCUUCUUAAAGAGAAUGAACCAAGAAUGCCUUGGCACGAUAUAGCAAUAUGUAAUAUGCGAUUUAAUUAUUUAGAAAUAAAAGGAGAUUCUGUUGUUGAUUUAUCUAGACAUUUCGUUUAAUAUUGGAAUUUUGUAAUGAUGAGUAAAUAAAAAAGGUAAGGAUUACUACAUUCAAAUGAUUUAAAAAUGGAAGGAUUUGUUUCUACUAAUUAAUCAAAUAUUUCUAAUUCUAAUUUAAUAUAUACAGGUAGAACAGAAACUCUUAUUUAGAUGAAAUAACCCAUUCUUAUAGAUAAUAGAAAAACUUAGGAAAUUUAGAUAGAAAUGAAUCCAACUAAUUGUUUUAAUGAAUAGUAAAAUGAAUUAUCCAAAUCUUCUUAUGCAUAAUAAUUUAUUUAAUAAUAAUAAAAAGAUUACUAUAAUUUUUAAAUUUAAGAAAAUUAAAAAAUAAAAAUAUAAGAAGAUGAUGAUGAUGAUAAAUACUAUUACAUUUUAGAAGGUAAUAAAUAAUAUUAAGAGAAACUCAAAACUAAAAUAAAAAAAGAAAAAUAAAACCUAAAAGAAUAUAAGAAUAUUGAAGGAAUUUAAGCACAUAUUAAUCUUGAAUUUUUUAUUCCUCANCAUAGAUGGAGAGUAAUAUUUUAGUGA